AUGAGAAAAAUUAAAUCUUUUAGUAUAUUAUUACUAGGAGUAUUUAUUAACAUUACUACUGAAAAUGUAAAUACCACUAUCAUUGAAUGCCCAUCAAAUAAUAUUAUUGCAAUGAAAUGUUCAAAGAGAAUACAUAAUUUAUUUACAAAAUUCUUUCAUAUUGACCAAAUCAAGGGAAUUCUAGAUAUUUCAAUGGAGCCAAUUUUUAAUAAUUCAUUAGUUCAAAAUAAAGUUAUUCAAGAUAUAAUAAAUUAUUUUAAAAAUACAAUCGACAGAAAUCAAUAUGAAACAGGAGCAUUAGCAUAUAGUUAUUUAUCUGAAAAGAUUGGACCAUUAGAAACAAUGGAUCUACUAAAAAAUAGUAUAUCAACUUUCAUUGAAAACAUGAGUCCAUUUAUAAAACAAUUAAAAGAAAUGUCAAAAAAACUUUUUAAAAGAAAAUAUGAUAAGUGUCGUAUUAAAAAUAUUUUACACCAAAUGAUUCUUCAAUUUUUUACAAGAAAAAGGACUAGGAGAAUUAUUGCAAUAAUUAAAAAACAUAUUAAUCCAUUAAUAAAACAUCUUUUAAUAAAAAUGUCUUCUUCAAAAUUAUUUUCAUUAUUUUCAAGUAGAAAUAUUUAUCUAAGGCGAGGUUUGACAGGAAAAAAAUUAGUUUAUGAAGGUUAUGGUGAUCCAUUAAAUGUUAUAAAGUUGCAGACAACUACUAUUGAUGAAAAUUUAAUAAAUGAUCAAAUCAUUGUUAAAUGGUUAGCAUGUCCCAUUAAUCCAGCUGAUAUAAAUCAAAUUCAGGGAGUCUAUCCAGUUAAACCACCUCUCCCUGCUACACCAGGAAAUGAAGGGUGUGGAGUUAUUACAAAAAUAAAUGAAAAUGAAAAGAAUCUUAAAGUAGGUGAUCUUGUUAUUCCAAGGAUUUCAGGAUUAGGUACAUGGAGAGAUUACGGAAUCCAUAAAUCAUCUGAUGUAUUUAGAAUAAACAAAGGAUUUAGUAUUGAUAAUGCUGCAACAUUACAAGUAAAUCCCCCAACAGCAUAUCGUAUGUUACAUGAUUUCAUUUCUCUUAAAAAAGGUGAUUUUGUAAUUCAAAAUGGUGCAAAUUCUGCUGUUGGUAAAUUUGUAAUUCAAUUAUGUCGUAUUUAUGGUUACAAAAGUAUAAAUAUUGUAAGAGAUCGUGACGACAUUGAUGAAUUAAAAAAAGAACUUACAGAUUUAGGUGGAGAUUAUAUUUUUACGGAACAAGAGUUUACCACUGAAGUUAAAAAAUUUUCACAAUGUAAAUUGGCAUUAAAUUGUGUUGGAGGAAAAAGUAGUCUUAUGCUUGGAAGAACUUUAGAUCACAAUGGUAUAUUAGUAACAUAUGGUGGUAUGAGUAAACAACCAGUUCAAUGUUUAACUGGACCAUUUAUAUUUAAAAAUAUUUCAUAUAAAGGUUUCUGGAUGAGUCAUUGGUAUAGUGUUCCUGAAAAUGAAAUGAAACGUCAAAAGAUGUAUGAUGAUAUUUAUGAAAUGUACAAAUCUGGAGAUUUAAAAAAUGUUAAACUUCAAAGUUCAUCUUUAGAAGAUUAUGAGACACCUCUAAAAAAUCUUCAAACAACAAAAAUAAAACAAAUAUUUAGAAAUGAUAAUUAA